UUUUUUGGUAUGGAUAUCAUCUUCCUUCUCUACGUAAACGUGAUGCAUAUUACGAAAGUCUGGGUCACACAAAAACCUGAUUUUUUUUUAACUAUAGAUUAAUUUGUUUCUUAAUUUACACAUUUCUUUUUAUUUUCUGUAUAAUUUUUCUUUAUGUAACUUUUUUUCACGUGACACACAUUUUGUACGAUUACACGAGACGUCAGGUAUUAAGAAAAGACAAAAUAUCAGGAAAGACGAAGGCAAAGGAAUAUGUUGCUGGCCUCUUUAGGUGGUGCUCUGAGUGGCUUUGAGGCAUAUUUGCUGCGUUUUCAGAAUAAAGAUACGGAAUGGUUUUGGAAGCGGGCGAUUCGUUUUUUUCUAGGGCGUCGUGUUUUGAUAUAUUCUGCAGGAGUCUUUUUUGUAUUUCUUUCUUUGGGUAGUACGUUUUAUCUUUAUCGUGGGUUGUCUAAGGAUGAUACGGUUGGUUUGGAUAAAAAACAUGGAGGAUAUAAGAAAAAACCUAAAAAUAAGAAGAAAAGAAAGGUCCGGAUAACAGAAAAUGAUUCGGUUACUAAAGAUGGAAUACAGACAUUGGAGUUGUUAGAUGAAGAAUUAGUUCUUACAGAAGAUAAAAUUGGGAAGCUUUCAGAAUCUGAACUUAAAGCACAUUCAACAAAAUUGAAAAUUGAGGGAAAUAAAGCAUAUUCGAGAAAAGAAUAUGAUAAAGCUAUUGAAUUUUAUACUCAUGCGAUAUCAUGUUCAAAAGAUCCUGUUUUUUAUUCCAAUAGGGCAGCCUGUUAUAUUGCGUUAAAUAAACCUGAACAAGUUAUUGAGGAUACAACAAUGGCUUUAAGUUUGGAUUCUACAUAUGUUAAAGCAUUAAAUCGUCGGGCAGCUGCAUAUGAAAUGUUAAAUAAAAAUGAUGAGGCACUUUUAGAUUAUACAACGAGUUGUAUAAUGGAUGGGUUUUCAAAUGAAAAUGCUGCUCAGAGUGUUGAAAGAUUAUUAAAGAAGAUAGCAGAAGAAAAGGCAAAGGCCAUUAUGAUGACGAAGAAAAAACAAUUGCCGAGUCCAACCUUUAUAACGGCUUAUUUAGAUGCAUUUCGACCUAGACCUAUUCCAAAAAUAGAGACAAAAGAUGAAGCAUCAGGUGAUUAUCAUCUUAAACAAGGAUUUAAAGCCCUUUUAGCUAAAAAUUAUGAUAAUGCAUCUAAAAGUUUUUAUAAAGCAAUUGAAUUAGAAUGUUCCAAUUCAUUGAAGUCUCUAGCAUACAAUAUGUCGGGUACCUUUAAAUUUAUUCAAGGAAGCACACUUGAAGCAUUAGAAGAUUUUAACAAAGCAAUUGAACUCGACCCUACUGACACACAAAAUUAUAUUAAACGUGCAAGUGUCCAUAUGGAAUUGGGUGAUCGUUCUGCAACAUGGUCCGAUUUUGAUACUGCACAGUCGGUUAACCCAAAAGAUCCUGAUAUUUAUUAUCAUCGAGGACAAAUGCACUUUAUCACUGGUGAAUUUUCUGAGGCGGCGAAAGAUUAUCAAAAGUCUAUUGAUCUGGAUAAAGAAUUUAUAUUUUCUCAUAUUCAAUAUGGUGUUGUACAGUAUAAAUUAGGAAAUACUGCAUUAAGUAUGUCAAUUUUCCGUAAAUGUUUAAAAAUGUUUCAAAAGUCAAGCGAUGUUUAUAAUUAUUAUGGCGAGCUUUUAUUAGAUCAACAGCGAUUUCAGGAUGCAAUCGAGAAAUUUGAUACUGCAAUACAACUUGAGAAGUCAAGCAAAUUUACAAUAAUGAAUGUUCUUCCUCUUAUUAAUAAAGCCCUUGCUGUUUUUCAGUGGAAGAAGGAUAUAAUAGAGGCCGAAAAAUUAUGUAAAAGGGCUUUAGCUAUAGAUCCUGGCUGUGAUGUUGCUGUUGCAACUAUAGCACAACUACUUCUACAACAAGGAAAAAUCGAGGAUGCUAUUGAAUAUUUUAAUAAAUCUGCGCAACUUGCACGUACGGAAUCGGAAUUGGUUAAUGCACUUUCAUACUGUGAAGCAACAAAGAUUCAACUUCAAGUUACUCGAAAAUAUCCUCAUCUUGCUGAACGUUUAAAUAACAUAACUAAAGGGAAUUUUUCGGUGUAA